GAUCGAUUACCCCAUUACAGUAAAUAAGGCUUGAGCUAAGGUUAUCUUUGCGGGACGCAAUCCAUUUUGUGCGAACAUCCAUUUCACAACACGGCAUUGACUUUUCCAUUCUCACCUACAGCCUCAUCUAGAAGGCACUUUUAAGUGCUCUGAAAGGCAAGGCGCUUCUUUCGAAGAAUCUGACAGAUAUACCAAACUUAUUACACUGCUGCCGUGGUUGCCCAUACACAACGGCGAGCGAUCCUAGCCCUCCUACGAUACCGUCGGUACCGAAAAUUACCAUGAAUUCUUCAUCCCCCUCUGUUAUGUCUAGAACCACGCCAAGUCAUGGAUCUCGCAUGCGCGAAAACACAUCCAGGAGUCGGGAGGCUACACCAACCGUUACGAAGGUCGGGGCUCUUAUAAAAAUCGAGGACGAAGAGCGGGUUCAACAUAAUGCACAGCUUUCUGCGGAUAAUUUCAGAGACGACCUGGUUUCUAUGAGAAAAUGCUUAACUUGCUCCAUCUGCGACCAACUACUUUACGAACCAUGGAUUUUACAGUGUGGCCAUACAUACUGUUAUUCUUGUCUGUGCCAGUGGUUCAUCCCAAAUAAGAGAAAAAAGACUUGCCCAGAAUGUCGCGCACCAGUAAAACAAAUACCAGCUCCAGCCUUCCUUAUAAAAAAUAUGGUCGAAAUAUUCAUCCAAAGAGGUCAGCUAAUGCCAGACGACGAGACGGUAGAACAGCACAAGGUCAAGAAUGCCGAGGAAACUGAGAUGGUAGAGAAAGAUAAGAAUAGCCCCGAAGGAUUGUUCAAAGGCACAUUCCCACUACGGCAUGGGGAAUUGUGGCUCGAUGAAGUGGAUGGGAUUAUGCGAUGUCCCUCCUGUGGGCAUGAGCAUGAAGGCGGCCCAUUGUGCAAUCAUUGUGGUGCUGAGUUUGACGAUAUUCAUGGCUUCAGCGAUAUGGAUGACGACGGCGAUCUUUCGGAUUUUGACAUUGGUUAUGGAGAAAAUGCAGAGCAUGAGGAUAUCAGGCUUCAACUUGAGCUUGAGGCCGAAUUGUCAAGGGAGAUGAGCGAUGCUUCAAACGCUGCCCACUUUCGCCAUAAUCCUUUUGCUUUUGGCCCAAGUCACGUUCUUCAUCAUUUCCACGCUCAUCGGCGUGGUCACCGUGUGGAUGAUUUAAACGACGACUCAGAAGAUCCUACAAAUUCCGAUACCAGCAAUCAGGACAAUAGCGAUGACGAAGAUGCUGGCUCACUGGAAGAUUUCAUUGCAGAUGACGAUGAAGAUAGCGAGUCUGCUGCUCCUCCACCACGUAGGGCGAGACAGAGAGUGGUCAUAAUAUCAGACGAUGAAGAUGAUGAUGACGACGAAGAUGAUUCCGAUGAUGAAGGUGGUGCAAUUACAAGUCGCCGACGGCCGCGACCUGGCUGGCCCGGCUCCUCGGAAACACCUUCCAGAGCUGUCUCAACCGCAGCGGAGGAGAAUGGUAGUACACCCUCUAGAUCUAUCUUGAUUUCAGAUGACGACAAUGGUAGCAGUGCAAAUGGUUCGGAGUUUGGUGACGAGGCGGUCAAUUAUGAGUCGCGCAGGCUGAGGGCCUCGGGUGGCUGGAGUCCCUUGGAUGAAGGAGAGGAUGACGAUACAAACAGAUUGGCGCAGGGUGAUUAUGGUGAUUAUACCACAACUGACGAUGAAAGAGCCUCGGAUGAAAGCGAUUCGGAUACAAUAGGUAAUCCAAAUUCAGAUGCCGAAGAAGAAGAAGAUCGGCCUCGGGGCGGGCUUCGGGGAAUACUGAAUUAUGAUUAUGAGGAAAUGGACCCAAAUUUUGAUGGUUUCUCUUCAAGCGUGGAUGGGGAUGCCACACCAAUCGAUUAUGCUGGAACUAGCGACGGCGCGUCUAACAAUCACGGAAGCGAAAACGAGCAUUACGACUAUGACACUGAUGGAGAUCUACCACCUAGCAUGGAUCGGGAUGGUGAUACUGAAAUGAGUGUGUCCCCUGGUGUAUCACGAUCCAGUCGAGAUGUUAGUGUAGAGAGUAAUUUGGGCGGAAAUCUCGGCGUUGCAAACGAAGUUACCGGGGAUGACGACGACGAUGAUGAUUCAGACAGCUCGAUUCGCCCACCCCCACGUCGACAACCGAGAAAUAAUGCUGGUCAUCAACAGUAUAAUUCAAGAAUAAGCAUGCUUUUCGCAGAACAUCAGAAUACUGUUAGGAACGCUCGAAACCCCGAUGACAUAAAUUAUUGGGAAGAUGAGAUCAAUAGGAAUGUCCGAGAGGAACUGCCCUCUGGGAAUCGUCGCAGGACUCAAUAUCAUCAUCCCCUAGGCCCAUCGGGAGGCAAUCAUCAUCGCACCAUGCAACCUCUUGGAAUUGAUAGAAUCAGAACAUCUAGAGGCUCUUCGCCACCACGCAUCGCACCUACUUAUGGUAGAACUGGUCGCUCGCAGAGACAGUAGUCAACAUAAUUGUAAAUAGAACAGACAUAAUAACGAGGCGUUGGGUAAAACUCUUCUUUCUGGGAUCUCAACAUUGGCGCCUGCCUGGACUGGACCGGGCGGGGAUUGAAUGGGAAGGGAGUUUGGGUCAAAUACCAGGAAUGGAAUAUACGAGCAUAUUAGUCUUAAGGGCGUGGCGUUACUUGAUCUGAACAUCAAGUUAGGUCAAGGGGUAUUUAUUCGCUGAUAUGAGCUGUCUACCAAUGGCGAUUUUGGUUGCCUAUGCAUACCUACAUAUACAUAGAUUACACGUUUAAAAGUAAAUCAUUACAAGAAUAUUUAUAAUCCACGAUCAAGCA